AUGACUCGCCCAAACAUUGACCAACUGAUUCAAGAACUGACGCUUCGUGAGAAAAUCUCUCUGAUUGCUGGCGCAUCGACUUGGCGCACAUCAGAAGUUGCCAGACUCGGUAUUCCAAACCUCAAGGUUUCGGAUGGACCGUCGGGCGCACGAGGGGAGGUUUUUGGUGAGGGAGUGCCGGCCGCUUUUCUCCCCUGCGGUGUAAGCCUCGGCGCCACCUGGGAUGAGGAGUUGCUUUUUGAAGUGGGCCAGCUCCUGGCUUCUGAAUGCAAAACGAAGUCGGCCUCGGUGAGCUUGGCUCCUACGAUGUGCAUCCAUAGACACCCUCUUGGCGGCCGCAAUUUCGAAUCCUUCAGCGAAGAUCCAUUUCUCACCGGGAAGCUUGCUUCAGCGCACGUUCGUGGCGUUCAAUCUCAGGGCAUAGGUGCAACUCCGAAGCAUUUUGUUGCAAACGACCAGGAAACGGAUCGCUUCAAGUACAGCGCGGAGAUUCCCCCAAGAGCCUUGCGAGAAGUAUACCUACUUCCAUUCCAAAUGGUGGUCAGGGAUGCGAAUCCUUGGUGCCUCAUGACCUCAUAUAACCGGGUCAACGGCACUUAUUGUGACAUGUCGAAGGAGCUCCUCACUGACAUAGUAUAUGGUGAGUGGGGAUGGGAUGGCGUAUUUAUGAGUGACUGGGGAGGAACCCACUCAUGUGUCCAGUCCAUCAACGCGGGCUUGAGCCUCGAGAUGCCUGGCCCGCCGGCGCAUCGCGCAGAAGACCUGAUCAUCUUAGAGGCUGAAAACGGCAACGUCGACUUGCAUCAGCUUGAGCUGUCUGUAAGAAGAAUCCUCAAGCUAUUGGAAAAGACAGGUAGGUUUCAAGACGCCUCGGAUGCUGCCGAGUUCUGUGAUGAUUCACCACGGAAGAGGGAGGCGUUGCUGAAGUUCGCAAGUUCAGGCGUGGUCUUGCUGAAGAAUGAAGGUAAUGCUCUUCCCCUCAACUCCAAGGUAGGGAUCAAGAAGCUCGCCAUUCUCGGUCCUAACUCAAAGAGAGUCGUUGCUGGUGGUGGGGGCAGCUCAUACAUCAAAGCACCAUACUGGACCAAUAUCCACGAUUCUAUCAAGGCAAAGCUCGACGGAACUACGACUGAGAUUUUGCAUCACGAUGGAGCCAAGGUCAAUCGAUACUUGCCAACUAUGCCAUCUUCUUUGGCAAGAAACCCACUCACUGGCACCCCGGGGGGGUCAAUCGAAUGGUUCUUGGGCCGUGACUUCACAAGCCCCGUACCCUUAUUCAAAUAUGCUUUGCUAACAACGACCAGCGAGGACCUGUACUAUAUGUCCUUUGGAAACACCCCAAAGGGAGUGCCGGGCGAGACCAACUUCUCAUUUCGCCUCCGUACGGUCUUGACACCCAAGACAUCCGGUCCGCAUGCCGUCUCGUUCGCAAGCAUCGGGCCAGCCAAGUUCUACCUCGACGACCUUCUUCUGGCUGCAUUUGACGGGACUGAAAAGUCUACGCUCUUCUUUACCUACGGCUCCGACGAGACCAUCUGCAAGCUUGACCUCAUAGCAGGUCGUGACUAUCACAUCAGGGUCGACGCGCACUCGCACGACAGACAACUUGACCCGGAUCUCCGUGCACUCAUGGAUCCAAUGGAAGACAAGUUCCAGGGCGUCAGGAUCGGCUAUCAAGAAUACAGUGACGCCGACUUCCCUGCACAGGCUGCCCAGGUUGCCAAGGAGAGCGAUGUCGCUGUUAUUGUCGUGGGCCGAGACCGUGAAUGGGAGACGGAGGGACAAGAUAUCCCGACCUUUGAACUACCCGGAGAACAAGAACGACUCAUCCGUCAGGUCUCGACCGUGUGCAAAAAGACGGUGGUCGUGGUCCAGGGUGGUACGCCAAUCAAGCUAGAACCUUGGAUCCACGAAGUUUCAGCUGUGCUGUACGCCUGGUACCAGGGCCAAGAACUCGGAAAUGCUGUGGCAGACGUUAUUUUCGGCGACUUUAACCCCUCUGGCCGACUCCCAGUCACUUUCCCUAUCCGCAUUGAAGAUUGCCCAGCGUACUCCUCAUUCCCCGGAGAGCAAGGAAAGUCAUUUUACUCUGAGGGUAUCUACGUGGGCUACAGGUGGUGGGAUCUUCUCAAGAUUAAGCCACUCUUCCCCAUUGGCUUCGGGCUAUCUUAUUCAACCUUUGAGUGGUCUGAUGCCCGGGUUGAGCCAUCUAACCUGUACUCUGGCUCGCACGUGUUGCUCAGUGCCAAGGUGCAGAACCUCGAGGGUCUCGCAGGUCGGGAGACUCUUAUAGCCUGGUGCCGUGAGGUAUCGAUGUCCGGGUUGUCUCGGCCCAGCAAGCAGAUCUGCGGGUUUGUAAAAACAGAAUCUAUCAAGCCUGGUGAAUCAGCCCAUGUCCAGAUCAAGAUAGAUGCCUACGGGUUGGCUGCGUAUAGUCCUGCAGACGCAAAGUGGAUCAUUAGGGGGGGUUCCGAGUUCGAGAUCUUGCUCGGAACGAAUUCACUCAGCGCCGUACCCGUUGGAAGUAUUAGCACUCCUUCUGAGAUUAGCUUUGUUCAUACCAUGUAG